AUGGCGAGCAUUUGGGUUCCUAAUUUGGGAUCCAUCUUCUCCUCAAAGACAUUUUUCUGGCUGUUUUCUAUAUCCAUCCUCCAGGGGCCCCUCUGUGGACAAGGAAACCCCAUUUCCCACACCCUGCAGAGGCAUCGCCCGGCUCCGGGGCUGGGCGACGGACAUGGAGGGGUGGUGGAUCCGUCAUUGCUGGAGCAGGACUCUAACACGGACAUGCAGAGUCUGCUGGAGAGCAUGAAGGAGCAGUUCCUCCAGACGUUUAACCUGACCGGCCUCGGUCCACCACCUCUGCCUCCGGGCAGCACGCGUGUGGAGCCGCCCGAGUACAUGAUGGAACUGUACAACCGCUUCGCUAAUGACCACACGGCCAUGCCCACCGCCAACAUCAUCCGCAGCUUUAAGAAUGAAGACUUAUCUUCCAGUGAUGUGGGCAUGGGGGGUGUGAGGCGCCACCCACUCCUCUUCAAUGUGUCCGUCCCCCGCCAUGAACGCGUCACAGCAGCUGAGCUCCGUCUCUACACCCUUGUUCAGACCGACCGCCACCUCUACGCCGGGGUCGACCGUAAGGUCACCAUCUACGAACUGGAGCCGCAUGACAGGGACAACAACAUGACAGAGGAGAGGACAGAGGACAUGAGAGGAGAUGCGUUCAGAGGAGGAGGAGGAGGAGAAGAAGAGGGACGACAAGAGCUGGUGGAGUUGGCGUCUCGUCAGGUCUACGGCACUGAUAAUGGCUGGCAGGCCUUUGAUCUCACCACUGCUGUUCAACGCUGGCGCAAGUCCGAAUACAGCACCACCCACAGGUUGGAGGUGCACAUUGCUACCCUGGCCGCUGAUGAGUCAGGGGGUCAGGGGGUUGAAGGGUUGCCAGAGGGGGACUUAAAGAUUGACACCAGCCCGGAGGAAAAACACAGACCUCUCCUGAUCGUCUUCUCCGAUGACCAAAGCAGUGAUCACCGUGAUGACAGACGGGAGCUGAACGAAAUGAUCGACCAUGAGACCUCAGAUUCGGUCCUCCAAGAUAACUUGGGCCUGGGCCUGUAUGGGCUGUGGGGAGAGAUGGGGAGGGACAGUGAAGCGAGGGAGGAACUGGACGAAGAGGCCCUGAUCCAGAUGCGGUCCAACUUGAUCUAUGACACAGCGUCCCGUAUCCGACGCAACGCCAAGGGCAACCACUGCAAAAAGCAGUCUCUGUUCGUGGAAUUCAAAGACAUCGGGUGGGAUAGCUGGAUCCUGGCACCCACUGGGUAUGAUGCCUUUGAGUGCAGCGGCAUUUGCUCCUACCCGCUGACAAAACACGUCACCCCCACCAAGCACGCCAUCAUCCAGACCCUAGUCAACAUCAACAGCCCGCAGAAGGCAGGACGGGCAUGUUGCGUGCCCACCAAGCUAGACCCCAUCUCUCUUCUGUACCUGGAAGACACUGGUGUAGUCACCUACAAAUACAAGUUUGAAGGCAUGGUAGUGGCAGAGUGUGGUUGUCGAUAGUCCUGAUUCUGGAGAGAUGAACUCUUGAUAGCAUCUUAGUACUAGACAAAAAUAAGUAAAUAAAUCCCGGGACAACAUAAGCUAAAAUUAAGCUGAAAAACAAGACAAUCCAGAACUCUUUAAAAACAACUGUUUUCCCCAAAAUGAACAGAGGAACAGUUGUUGGGAUCUCUGUCAGGAUUACUGGGUGAGCCUGGAGGUUGGCAUUUGCAACUUGCAAAUGUAUUUAUGCUUUAAAACACUAAAUUUGGUCUUUAAACGCUACAUUUUGCAUUUCAAGACAAAACGAGAGCAAUUCUUCUUGUA